AGGAGAAAGAGAGGAGACGUAUCGCACCUUACUUCACCACGGCAGGGAGUAUUGAACUUCACAGAAUGCCGCAAUUGGAAGAAGGUACUGUGCAAAGACAUAGCGAAUGUUCACAGUGCAAUUCGAUACUCUGAGCGUCGUUACCCUUCUCUCACAUCGAAUCCAGUACAGAGGCAUGAACCUAUUCCCCUCCAGAUCAGUAUCAUUAUACGCAUAACGUCCUCAAACCAAGCCUCAGGAGCAAGGAAAAAGCAGCAAACGGUCAAUUCGCCUUCGACACUGAUCCAAAUGCUCCUAAUCUACCUCUUCAUUGCUGCAUGACACUCAUCUCCCGUGUCCUCCCAGCUUCUUUACCAACCUCAUCCCAAUCUACACAUAUUCCCCCAACCCAACCAUGCCCAUAGCCGAAUUCCUCAAGACCCUACUCCCUCCCCUCCUCAUCUCCCUCGCCCUCUUCCUCCUCAUCACCUACCUCCUCCUCCCCCUCUACCGCCACCACCGCAACCGCUACCGCUCCUACGCGCCCCUCUCCUCCUCCUUUGAAUCCCCUGUCUCCCUCGCCUCCCUGCGCGACCUCAGCGCUCCGUUCCGCGCCGUCGCCGCCCUAUUGCCCGCUGCGUGGCGCUGGGAGUAUUUAUCUCGGUUUCGGAGAGGCCGUGGUAGGGGGGACGGGGCGGGGGAUGGGGCGGAUGGACGGGGGGAGGCGGAGGCGGAGGGCAUGUUGGAUAUGCCGCCGGGGUAUGAUCAGGUGGAGAGGGAGGAGGGGUGGGGGAGAAGGGAUCGGUUGGGAGAUACGGAAAGAAGGUUGAGUCGGGAGUUGGAAGAGGGGUUUAGGGACGAUAGUGAUGAAGAGUAA